UUUUUUCCCCAAAAUUCAGAUUUUGUACGUCUUUCUUUUGGUUUCCUCUUCAAUCAGUUUAAAUUUCUCUGUUUCCUAACAAAAUUAUCGAAAUUCGUGAAACCCAUCUGCGAAUUGAUCUUAUACUUCAUGUCCCGUUCAAUUUUCGGUGAGUUGACGCCGGUGGGUUUGCCGCCGGUGUAUCGCCGGAGCUCCAGCUUCAGUAGCCUGAUUCCUUGCUUGACGGAAACCUGGGGCGACUUGCCGUUGAAAGUUGAUGAUUCUGAGGAUAUGGUCAUCUAUGGGGUGUUGCGCGACGCCGUUAACGACGGGUGGACGCCGUUUAACGACGUUAAAGCGGAGCCCAGGUUUGAGGACGAGCAGGACAUGAGCUUGGCUGCCGUGAGGACGGAAUUCGUGGGUGCUCCGCCGGUUUCAGUGGCGCCUGUGGUGGCGGGGCCUAAGGGGAGGCACUAUAGAGGAGUGAGGCGACGGCCGUGGGGGAAGUUCGCGGCGGAGAUAAGGGACCCGGCUAAAAACGGGGCGAGGGUGUGGCUUGGAACUUAUGAAACGGCUGAGGAAGCGGCUUUGGCUUAUGACAGAGCCGCUUAUAAAAUGCGUGGCUCGAAGGCUUUGCUAAACUUCCCGCACAAGAUCGGGUUAAAUGAGCCGGAGCCGGUGAGAGUGACGGCGAAGCGGAAAUCGCCUGAGCCUUCUGCUUCGACGGCCUCGACUGUUACAUCUGGCUCGGAGAAAGGGGAAGGCGCGGUUGAGAAAGCCGAGCUGGAAGUGGAGAGCCAAUCCAAUGUGUGUCAAGUUGAUCACCAAAUGACACCAUUGCCAGUUGGCGGACAGUUAUUGGUGGUGUGAAUGAGCUGGAACUGUGAUAAUGCCUGCUUGGUCGUAUAUGUAUAGAAACAAUGCGUGUGAUCUGGUGUAACGUGUAAAAUUAUAAAAUUUUGAUGGGACUCCCAAUUUCAACGGUCGAGAUUGAAUGGUACGCCGUAGUAGGAACGAAAAUGAGAUCAUCGUUGACAUAAAAUAACGUUAUGCUUUCAAA